CCCCCCCCAAACAGAAACAACCCAACCUCCCCUGCGCCUCUUUCCCCUGAAUCAACAUACUGAUGUUAUCUGGUGGAACAAAAUGUGAGUGGUGCUGCUGCAGCCAUGCUGAUGUAUGAUUACCCCCUGAAGACAGACAUGGACACGUCCUUCUACUCAUCGCUGAUGAAGAGCCCCGAGCCGUACGGCGUCAUCUUCUCCCACCCGGCCCAGUUCUACCACCAGAGCCACAUGCAGGCCCUGGCCCAGUCCCACGGCCAGCUGGAGCCCGUGGACCUGUCCCUCAGCAAGCGCUCGUCCUCCUCCUCGCCGCUGUCCUCCUCCGCCUCCUCGCCGGCGUCCUCGCGCAGCACCCCGCCGUCCCCCUACAGCGCGGCGAGACGCACAUCCCCGCGCUGCUCCCCCCAGCUGGGCCGGCGACACCCCUCGCCGCCCCGCGCCCUCCCGCCGCCCGCCUCCCCGCUGCCGUACCCGACCAUGGUGGCUCCUCUGAUGGGCUCGGGCUCCGGGGUCAUCCAGAGCUCGGGAGGGGUCAUGGUGUCUCCGGUCAUGGUGCCUCUGUCCGUCCUCUACUCCUCCCCUCUGCACCUGCACCAGCCCAUAAUGAUGACCACGCCCGUUACCGCCGACGACCACCACCACCAUCAUCAUCAUCGAAGCAGAGAGCACAAGACAGUUCCGCCCACCCAGGCUUUCGACGGGCGAGGCGACGCCCACGACCUGCACAGGCCAAUCAAAGCAGAGCCUCGCGCCGAGCUGGUCCACGAGCAGCACGACAUGAAGUCACCAGUCAUCAGAAUACCACAGGACUAUGAGUGCAACAACCCGUCCGUCAUCGUUCGCUCGGGUGCUCAGCAUCCUCUCCCGGCAGACUCCCCUGACACCAUGAAGAAGAGGAGGAUCCACCGCUGCGACUUCACGGGCUGCAACAAAAUCUACACCAAGAGUUCUCACCUCAAAGCGCACCGCAGGACACACACAGGCGAGAAGCCCUACAAGUGCACGUGGGAAGGCUGCACGUGGAAGUUCGCCCGGUCGGACGAGCUGACGCGACACUUCCGCAAGCACACGGGAGUGAAACCCUUCCAGUGUCCCGACUGCGAGCGCAGCUUCUCCCGCUCCGACCACCUGGCCCUGCACAAGAAGCGCCACCUGCUGGUGUGAGAACCAUCGCUCUCUACCACUCGGACUUGUAUAAAUAUUGCUCAGCUUCUACAAACACCUUCAUCACGCAUCUUCACCUGGGGGGGACGUGGGUUCUCUAUGAGGGGUCCCCGGCAGCUCAGCUGGCUUGAGAGUGCUUCCCCCUUGUGGCCGUGGAAAGCACUGCAAGCCUGGCUGCACAAAGGGCAUUAUUGUUUCCCCUUCUCACAUUCAAAACCAACUAAAGCUACGCAGGGCUCACUUUUGACACUUGCCACCAUGUUGUUUUAUCACAAAGAGUUACAUACGAGUGAAAAGUGCGAUAUCUAACAUUUCAACUCCUGUAAUCCUCUGUAAUGUUUGAUCGCCUCAUAUCCACCUUUCAUUUCUUCAAGCUUUAUUUUGUCUUCAUUGUCAGACGUUUGGGGAAAACCUUUUUUUUAUCAUCACUUUGGUUUUAGUCCAGCCUACUUUGCUUUUCAGUGUUAGCACUGGUGAUGUGCGAUACCGCCGAUUUGACCUUUCCAAGCCGAUACCGAGUCAAUUCACGAUACCUAAAGUUUACAAAAAAAGUAAUUCAUCUCAUAGCGUAAAGAAUGCAAGACUAAGAGUUCUUUCUUUCUUUCAACUGAGGUAUAUUGAUGUUGUGAUGUCAAUGACGAUGUAGCCAGGCUAAUGCAACCGAACAAAUUCCUACAAAGUACACAAACAUGUUGUUAUAGCCCAUAAAAAAGGAAAUAAGCAAUAAAAUAAUUAAUUAAUAAGCGCUAUUAUUAAAAUAAAAAGGGGGGAAAAACAACAGUAAAAUUGAAGAAAAGGAGCAAGAAUUUCGGAAUUUAAUGAGAAAAAGCUUUUUUUUUUUCUUUUAUUGUAUUUUUUUUAUAAUUAUGACUUCAUCUCAUAAUUUCGAUUUUUUUAUCUCAUAAUUUUGAUUUUUUAAUCUCAUAAUUUCGAUUUUUUUAUCUCAUAAUUUUGAUUUUUUUAUCUCAUAAUUUCGAUUUUUUAUCUCAUAAUUUU